AGCCUCAGUUGUUUUCCUUCUCCCUGCCCCGCAGACUCCGAAGGAAUGGUAGCCGGUUAGCUCAUCAGGCAGCAGCGGUUGGAUUAACUUGUUAGCGUUGUUUGGUAUUCGGUUGUUCUGGUAAAAUAAUGAAUUUACUACCGUCUAAUCCUCACGGGAAUGGGCUCCUUUAUGCUGGAUUUAACCAGGAUCAUGGAUGCUUUGCCUGUGGAAUGGAGAAUGGAUUUCGUGUGUACAACACAGAUCCUCUCAAAGAGAAGGAGAAACAAGAGUUCCUGGAGGGGGGGGUCGGCCAUGUGGAGAUGCUGUUCAGGUGUAACUAUCUAGCGCUGGUGGGAGGAGGGAAGAAACCCAAAUAUCCAACUAACAAAGUGAUGAUCUGGGACGACCUGAAGAAGAAGACAGUUAUUGAAAUCGAGUUCUCGACAGAAGUGAAGGCGGUGAAGCUUCGACGUGACAGGAUUGUGGUGGUCCUGGACUCAAUGAUCAAAGUGUUCACCUUUACCCACAACCCCCAUCAGCUGCAUGUGUUUGAGACCUGCUACAACCCUAAAGGUCUGUGUGUGCUGUGUCCCAACAGUAACAACUCUCUGCUGGCGUUUCCUGGGACUCAUUCAGGCCACGUGCAGAUCGUGGACCUGGCCAACACAGAGAAGCCCCCCGUGGACAUCCCUGCCCAUGAGGGGGCGCUGUGCUGCAUCGCUCUCAACCUGCAGGGCACGAGGAUAGCUACCGCCUCAGAGAAAGGGACUCUUAUAAGAAUCUUUGACACGUCUGCGGGUCAGCUCAUACAGGAGCUGAGACGAGGCUCUCAGACAGCCAACAUUUACUGCAUUAAUUUCAACCAGGAUGCGUCGCUCAUCUGCGUCUCCAGUGACCACGGCACCGUGCACAUCUUCGCUGCAGAGGAUCCGAAAAGAAACAAACAGUCCAGCUUGGCAUCCGCCAGCUUCCUUCCCAAAUACUUCAGCUCUAAGUGGAGCUUCUCCAAGUUCCAGGUCCCUUCAGGUUCUCCCUGUGUGUGCGCCUUCGGGACGGAGCCCAACGCUGUCAUAGCCAUUUGUGCUGACGGCAGCUACUACAAGUUCCUGUUCAACCAGAAAGGGGAGUGUUCCAGAGACGUCUACGCCCAGUUCCUGGAGAUGACCGAUGAGAAAAUAUGACCUUUGACCCAUCUGCAGACUCACACAGCCUGUUUUUUUUCCUUUUUCUUUCCUUUUUUGUUUUGGAGGAGGCAGGAGAGCUCCCAUGUUGCACUUCUCCUGAUCUUGACAGACUCUGUAGAAGAGCAUCAGAUGACGGGAGGACGGACACAGACUUUGGGGGAACCUGAACAGCAGAGACGGUCAGAUGGAUGCAGACUUUAGUCUCUCUGGACGGAGAGACACACACUUCACUGACUUUACUCCCAAAUCAAACGCAAGAGAAAAGAGGGAAAGUUAUUUUUCUGAAAGGACAACUCACCGCUUUUUAAGACGUCUUCCGAGGACUUGACAGAGGAUGGCUAUUUUUAAUCACACGGAUGAUUCUGAUAGUUAGACGGAUUGAAAAUACUGAGAUUUUUGUCGACUAACACCACCUAACCUAACUGUAGGGAGUGCCUCUGAGACUGGAGAGAAUCUGUAUGUGUGAACAUAUUAUUGUUGUCAUAUAUACAUAUGUGUGUUUGUGUAUAUACCAAUGCACCACAUCACGAAGCAGGAUCAGAAGGAGGCGACUGUCUGUCUCCACCUCUGCCCUCAACGUUCACAGCAACACCUGGAACAUCUGGACAGACUCUGAUCCUGCUUGUGAGGCGUCACCUAGUAUUACUAGAUUUUCUUAUAUUCACUGUAUAAACACAAAGCGCCAGACUGAACUUCUAACUACGUAGAACUGUACAGAAUAGUAGCAAAAAGAACAUGUAUGAACAUGUAUUUUUGUUUCGGGCUUCCUUUUUUUUUUUUCAUACAUUGUGCAAUAUGUGUUUUCCCUCUUUGUUUUUUUUUUUGUUUUUUUUUUAAAGUUUGUGAAAGGUGAGUUUGUUGUUUCUACCUGCAGAAGAAAACUGAGAGAAAUAGUUCAUCUGUUAUUGGGAAAUGUGGUUGUUCCACUUCCUGCUGGAUUUUGCAUAUUUUACAAGAUCCAGACUGUUUCCCCGUUUCCAGUCUUUAUGCUAAGCUAACUGCUGCUAGCUUUAGCUUCACAUAGACCACACAGACACGAGUAUCGAGCUUCUCCUCCAACUCGUGACUGAGCUCAAUUCCUAAAAUGUUGAACUGUUUCUUUAAGAGUGUGUGGAGGUUGAGUUUUCUUGUUUCUACCUGAACUGGAGAAGCUGAAUAACCAAACACACACACACACACACACACACACACACACACACACACAGAUUUAAGAUGAGAUUUUCUACUCAACAGCUCAGAUCAACCGUAAAACUAGGAAUAUUGUAAACUUGGUUAAAGACAGCACUUCAUGUUUAAUGUUGAUACAUUAACAGCCCGAAAUGAUUAAAUCAGAAAUAGAUUAAUAGUUUGCUUCAUUUGCUUUUCAUUGAAGAGUGUAGUUUGUCUACAUGCUCCGCCCCCUGCCCCGCCCCUAACGGCCAUAAAUUCAGCUAAUGUAAAUCAGGGAAUCUGAAGUGCUUUGUCAAACCUAAGUUCAGUUCAGUGUUCAUGUAGAAUUCAUGUUGUUUUCAUUUUUCAUGUUACAUGACAGAUUUUGUUGAUUCAGUGCAAAAAAAAAAAAAAAACACAUUUCAAUUUGUGUUACUUUCUACAUGGGAUUGUAUAUCUGCAGGUGUCACACACACACACACACACACACACACACAGUGACCACAGUAGGACGCUGCACAAACUGAAAAGCCAACACAGUCAGAAAGAUUGUAAAACCUGCAUUUAAAUCUGUGAAUAAAAUUUAACAUCUGCUUUUACAGUUACUGUGUGUGGACUCCUUCAGGCCGGCUGCAGCCUCCACCUCGUGCACAGCCUCCACCUCGUGCACAGCUCUCUGAAUAUCCACUGAACCGAGGUAACAACUCAUCAGCAUUAAUGAGCUGUAUCCUCAUUCCACUAGAAGUACUAAUUCUUUACGGUAUAUUCUCAUGUUUAUACUUUUUUUGCGUUUAAUAUACAAGUCAAAAUACUUUAUCUUCUACUAACAGGAUACAUGUACGUGUGAAUGCAAAAGCAACUGAAAUGUGACUUUAGAAAACCACAGCUAGCAAAGGGUUUUUCCCAAAAGCAGUUUUCUUCCGCUUAAAUUUUUUCCAGCUUUUCCAUUUCCUUCGUUUUGUUGCAUUGUGGGUAAAAAGUGCAUCAAUAAACAGAGUUUUUUGUUAGUCACGAAGGGACUGGGAUUACACUUUAAUUAGUCACCUCUCAGGUGUGAACGUGCUGCAUACCUGCACUUUAAGUGUGUAGAAAGGUAAAUGGACUCAAUGCACCCAAUUGGUGGAUGACCCCCCCCCCUUUUUUUUUUUUUUUUUUUUUUUU